AUGGGAUGCUUGCUAUGCAAUCACAGAUUGGAAAGCACAGAGCAUCUAUUUUGCCAAUGCCCUACUGCCAUCUCGCUACUGUCAGGUGCACCUUUCUUUCUUCAGUCCUCUAUUCUACCUAAUUUAGAUUUCAAAGAGUGGAUGUUGGAAAAGGCUAUGAAUCUCAAACUUGAAACCUUUGAGAAGCUUCUUAUGAUCAUCUGGGGUCUAUGGAAGAACAGAAAUACAAAGUUGUGGGAAGACAGUGCUCAGUCUUCAAAUGACAUUAUGCUUGGGUGUUUGACCUGGUUGGAAGAGUUCCGACAAACUCGACAAGUGCCUGCUACACAGAUCCAGAAUGUAGCGAAAAAUUGGAAGCCUGCAGAGAUCCCCAAACUCAAUGUAGAUGGGGCCUUUGUAACACAAGCUGCAUAUGGUGAAACUGGUGGUGUUCUAAGAAGCUCAACUGGAAGCUUUAUAGCUGCAUUCAUGAAGCCAGUGCAGCAUGUCAAUUCAGCUCAACAGGUAGAGCUCCUUGCCAUACGAGAAGGUUUAAAUUUCCUGAAGACAUUACGUCUCCAACAAGCAAUCAUCGAGUCAGACUGCUUACUGGCAAUACAAGAUCUAGCUCGUACUGAUGUAAACCUAUCUGAACUAAGCAAUUUAGUGCAAGACAUCCAACAAACAAUUCAAGUUAUGCAGGGAGUUCAAAUUAGUUUUUCUCCCAGGUCAUGUAACAAAGUGGCACAUCGAUUAGCCAGUUUGGCUUUUGACGAUGGGCACAGUGAGGAUUGGCAUGCAAGGCCUCCAAGUUGUAUUCUAGAUUUAAUUACCAAGGAUUGUAACCCCAUAUUAUAA